UGUAUAAAUCUGUUUGAUUGUAUAUUUUUUCCGUACUAUUCUAUUAUUUUGGAAAUUUUCAACUAUUUAACAUUUUCCCACACUAAAUUGUGAUAAUUUUAGUACUUUUAUUUAUUUUUUAUGGUUUAAAUUAUUUUAUAAUUUAAUAUAAUGACAGAUAACGAAGAAAUGCCGUCAAAUCCUAACGAAUGUCAAACGAAUCGCGAAUCUGAUCACAUUAUGGAUGAACAAAACCGUAUGGGUAUUAGUACUAAUAAUCCUGAUAAUGAAGAUGAUGAUGGAGUUGGUACUGUUACAAAAAAGCAUAUUUUUUUGAUAAUUUUUGGUAUAUUCACACAUAUUCUUGAUAUGAUAGUUGAUUUAUCAGUCGCUGGACGAUAUUUACUCCAAAAAGAAUAUCAUGAUUUCACAUGGACAAUUUCAGUUUUAUUCAUUCCUUCAUUAAUUAAUGUAAUUGUGAGUGAUCGAAUGUAUCAACAAGAUUUCGAGCUGGAUCCUGAAAGUUCAUGGAAUCGUACAACUGCUUGUAAAAUCAUUCAAAAAAAAAAAUAUUGGCCCCUUAUUGUAUUUUUUCAAUUCGCUCCUGUUCUUAGGUAUUUUGAUAAUUUGAAAUGUGCUUUAAUAAUAUACAAAUGUCAAAAAGGAAACGAUUAUUAUACAAAAAAACAAUAUCAUAAGAUGAUGAUCAAAGAAAAACAAGACAUUUCAUUAUUGCAAAUAUUUGAAUGCUUUUUGGAAUCUGCACCUCAAGCAGCUGUCCAACUAAGUCUAAUGAUUAGAGAUUAUAAAACAGAUGCACCAAUUAAUUUUACGUUAAUUCAUCGUAUUUUCAAUAUAUCAAUGUCAUUAGUAAGUAUGAGUUAUGUACUGCUAAAAUACUAUGAAAUAAUAAGAUUAGCACAAGAAAAUAAGGAAAAUAUUAAAACAAAAAUGCAAAAAAUAGUACAAUUUUUGUGGAUUCUUUUUGUAGCAGUAUCACGAAUAGUAACAAUUGGUGCAGCAGCUGCAAUUUAUAGCGUUUUAGGAGUAACUGUAUGUUUUUUACACUGGAUAUUUAUGACAAUUUGGAUGAUAAAAGAAUCAUCUGGAAUUUUACAAUUCUGUCGAAAUCAGAGUAGAGAACCUCAUAUUCCACCAACUACUCUAGAAAAAAUAAAAACUUAUAGCUUAUGUGGCAUUUAUGGUGCUAUAUCUAUUUUUAUAUAUUUAAAACCAAAGGAUGGACCGACACUCUAUAGACAUAUAGUUUAUUAUACUAUUUGUGGUUUAGAAAAUUUCGGCGUAACAUUAUUUUGGAUAUUUGAAGAAAGUGUGAGAGCACAGUAUCCACAAUAUUGGAACUACAUAAUAAUUUCCUUUUGUACUGUUUCGUAUAUAGUUGGAGUAUUAAUGAUGAUAAUAUAUUAUCGGUUUUUACAUCCAAAAGUAAAAAACCAAAGAAAAAAUACUCGAAAUAUAAUUACUUAAUUAUUUUAUUACGUUACGUUAAAUUAAU